AUGUCCAGCUCAGAAUCAGACUCUGGAGAAACGAUUUCUAACAAGCAAAACGACGUCCCUGCCGAGCUAAACUUUCAAGAUAAACCGAGUAAUAAAGUCUUCGAGACAGUCACAGAGGGAAGAGCAGCACCAGGGAAGAAGAGUAGAAAUCCAAAGGAAGGAAGAGUGUCAAAACCCAAGAGAACAGUUGCGAGAUCAUCCCAACCACGCAAUGCUCACCGCCAACGUGAAUCCAGGUUGAUCGCGACGCCGACAGCUCAGCAAAUUGCAAAAGAUGCCAAUUCGUUCUACCGAGGUGCGCUCUUGGGCUCCUUUCUUGGCGCAACAUUGACAACCGUCGUCACCAAUUUAGUGGCCAAAGCCUUUCAAACAAGUUAA